AUGCCACCAGCAACCGCAAUCCCAAUCCCCCACUUCGCAGAAACACAGCUAGCCCUCCUCCUCGCCGAACACGACGCCGAAGUCUCAACCUCAAAGCUAGCCAGCACAGCCGCCUCUGUCUCCCCCCAGACACGCCGAACUCUCCAAGCAACCGGCUCCGCGCUCACAGGGCUCGUCCUCUCGCAAUGCCGGACCGGUCUUGGCGGCCGUGUCGUCGGCGAGUUCACGCCCGAUCCGGCGAUUACGUCGGAAGAGUCCCGAGCUUCGGAUGGGACGCCUAGGUUCUCUGCGCAUGGAUUGAGGGUCGGGGAUGUUGUUCGCGUCAAUGAUGUUGCUGCUGGGGGGAAGAAGGGUGCCGGUGGGAAGGAUGGGAAGGACAAGGACAAGGAUGGGAAGGGGGGAGAAGGGACGAGUGAUCGGGCUGUCUGGAUUGCGUUUGGACAGCAGGGUGGUGGGGCACGGUCGAAGGAGGACGAUGAGGCUGUUGAGGAGCUGUGGGGGAAGAAGUUGUGGGCGAUCAAGCUUGCCAAUGAUGUUACGUAUAGACGGAUGAGGCAGACGAUGGAGAAGAUGGUCAAGAUGACGGAGUCUGAUUAUUCGCAUUUCAUGCGUGUUGCUUUUGGUCAUAUAACUCCCCUCCGGCCGGAUGAAGAGAAGGCUGGCCCUGUUGAAUUCAUUGAUCCGACCUUGAACGAUUCUCAGAGGGAUGCUAUUCGAUUUGCGCUGGCUUCGCAGGAUAUUGCUCUUAUUCAUGGUCCACCUGGGACUGGAAAGACGCAUACUUUGAUUGAGCUGAUUUUACAGCUGGUUCAGCGGAAGAAGCGCAUUCUCGUGUGUGGUCCAUCCAAUGUUUCUGUGGAUAACAUCGUCGAGCGCUUGGCUCCGAAGAAGGUCCCUGUUGUUCGCAUUGGGCAUCCGGCUCGUCUACUUCCUUCUGUUCUGGAACAUUCUCUCGAGGUUCUGACGCAGACAUCUGAUGCUGCGAGCAUUGUCAAAGAUAUUCGAAAAGAGAUUGAUGAAAAGCAAGCUAGCAUUCGGAAGACACGCUCUGGUCGCGAGCGACGGGGAAUUUACGAUGACCUCAAGCAGCUCCGAAAGGAGUUCAGGGAGCGCGAGUCUAAAUGCGUGGAUAACCUUGUUCGCGAGAGUAGCGUUGUUCUGGCAACUCUUCAUGGAGCAGGUGGCCAUCAGCUCAAGAAUCAAAAGUUUGAUGUCGUGAUCAUUGAUGAGGCGAGUCAAGCGUUGGAAGCACAAUGCUGGAUCUCGCUUUUGGGUGCAGAGAAAGUGGUCCUUGCAGGUGAUCAUUUGCAGCUUCCCCCGACUGUCAAGUCCACUGGUCAGAAAUCCAAGGAAGCAAAACCUAACGGCAAGAUUGAGGAUUCACCGGAUAAAGAGUUGUUGAAAGGCGUCUCCCUGGAACGGACACUGUUCGAUCGUCUACUGGCGCUACAUGGCCCUGGUAUCAAACGCAUGUUGACUACACAAUAUCGAAUGCAUGAGAAGAUCAUGCGCUUCCCAUCCGAUGAACUUUACGAGGGGAAGCUGAUCGCAGGGGAGGCGGUCAAAGCCCGAUUGCUGAUAGAUCUGCCCUACGAGGUACAAGGCACAGACGACACACAAGAACCGUUGGUUUUCUGGGACACGCAAGGCGGUGAUUUCCCCGAGAAGGCGGAAGAUGACGAGAUGGGCAAGAAGGGUUUGCUUGGCGACAGCAAGAGCAAUGAGAUGGAAGCAUUGGUCGUUGCCCGACAUGUGGACAAUCUGGUUGAUGCAGGCAUCAGGCCCGAGAGCAUUGCUGUCAUUACCCCUUACAACGGCCAAUUGGCUCUCUUAUCGCGCAUGCUGCGUGAGAAAUACCCAGGCAUUGAACUUGGCAGCGUGGACGGAUUUCAGGGUCGGGAGAAAGAAGCCGUGGUGGUCAGCCUAGUGCGCAGCAAUGAGCAGCACGAAGUGGGCUUCCUCGGCGAGAAGCGACGGCUGAACGUGGCUAUGACGCGACCCAAGCGACAUCUAUGUAUCUGCGGAGAUUCAGAGACGAUCAGCCAUGGAAGCAGCUUCCUCAAACACUGGAUGGACUUUCUCGAGGAAAACGCCGAUCUACGCUACCCCGACGCCAGCGACAUCCUAGAAUAG